CCCCCUUUCUCCCUACCGUCUCUUCUUUCUCGUGGUGUUGUGGAUAAUUUUGGUGCCACCCACCGUUCCCUCCCGAGUCCCGAGAUGAAAUGGCGCCGUCGCCGGUGCUGCCACGGCGGCUCAGCCUAGUAGUCAGAGGAGUAACGGCGGCGGCAGCCAUCAAACAUCCCAAUAUCCUCAACUACUCCCUUGGCCCUGACAGCGGCUCCUCUUCUUCGUCCAGCACGAGGAGCAGAAGCAGCAGGCGCUUCUCCUCCAACGCCGAGCAGUCCACCAGGAGCCGGAGGUGGUGGUACGACGAGGCCCAGUUACACGACGACUACGACGAGGAGGAGGGCCCCUCGUUCGGUGCCUCCGCGAGCUGGGACCAGGCGUUCGACGAGCCAUGGUUCGCCAAGGUGUCACGGGCGUACUGGUACGUGCUCCCUCUGAUUCUGGCGUCCAUGCUGCUGGCCACGGGGCGGCAGGCGUUCCUCUUGGCAAUGGCCGUCCCGCUCGCCCAAUCCGCGGCCUCCUUCGCCAUCCGCGCAUUCUCCAGUACAUUUGGCCGUAGCCAAGAAGAGUACCACGACGACGACGAUGAUUACUACUCCGACUACAGAAGCAGCGGCUGGGAGGAAUCCGGAGAACAUGAAUUUAAAAGCACCUCCUACUCGACCAAGUAUAGAGAUGGCAGGAGCCAGCAGCAGCACUCAUGGGCGAAGGAUGACAGCUCUGAAGUUUCAGAAACAAGUGAGGAACCAGAUGAUACUGACGUUUUCAGUGCCAGCAGCAGCAACACUAGCAGAACUAGUUUUGGAGGAUGGGACGAGCUCGUCGGUGCCGGCGACGACCAGUACACCGGCAGAAGCAAGCGGCCUGCAGGAGCGGCGCCCCCGCCGGAUGCUGCUACUGCUGCUGAUAACGCUGCUACUGAUGCUGGUGCGGCGAGAUCAGUGGGGUGGAGGAGGAAGCCACAACCUGAAACAACAACACGGAGGAGACCAAGAAGCAGAGCAGCUGCGAGGUACACGCAGUCGCCCCUGUUGAUGCGCCUGCUCGUCGCGGUCUUUCCAUUCCUCGGGUCGUGGUUCAGGAUCAUGCAUUAGGCUAGAUUAAUCAUAGUCAUCCUUUCACUGAAUUUAUUGUGUUAGAUGUAUAUGUAACCCAUGAACACUUCCUAUAGUUUGUAUGCCAAUACCCAUUCAUCGUUA